GUGGUAAGCAUCACGUGAGCUUUCUGCCUUUCAUCAUUCUUGUUCUUGUUGUGGUGGUCCGUUAAGAGAAAGGGUAGGAGGACCAGGAUAGUUAUUAUUAUAAACACAUAGAGCAACAUGGCAGGAUCAGAGACACACAUUGAACCCAAGGAGCUAGAUAAGUGGAUAGCUAAGCUUGAGGACUGUAAGCAGCUAGAAGAAAAUAAUGUCAAAAAUUUGUGCGAGAAGGCAAAGGAGCUAUUAUCACAAGAAUCUAAUGUUCAAGAGGUAAAGUGUCCAGUCACAGUCUGUGGGGAUGUACAUGGUCAGUUUCAUGACCUCAUGGAGUUGUUCCGCAUUGGAGGAAAGAGCCCCGACACUAAUUAUCUUUUUAUGGGCGAUUACGUUGAUAGAGGGUAUUAUUCUGUAGAGACUGUCUCUCUCCUUGUUGCUUUAAAAGUCCGUUUUCCAAAUAGAAUUACUAUACUUAGAGGAAAUCAUGAAAGUAGACAAAUCACUCAGGUAUAUGGUUUUUAUGACGAGUGUCUCCGGAAGUAUGGUAAUCCUAAUGUUUGGAAGUACUUCACUGAUCUCUUUGACUACCUACCUCUCACUGCAUUAGUUGAUGGACAAAUAUUUUGUCUUCACGGUGGCCUGUCGCCAUCAAUUGACACUUUGGAUCACAUUCGAUCACUUGAUAGAUUGCAAGAAGUUCCACACGAGGGCCCAAUGUGUGACCUCUUGUGGUCUGACCCUGAUGACAGAGGUGGUUGGGGUAUCUCCCCUCGUGGAGCCGGUUAUACCUUUGGACAGGACAUCUCUGAGAAUUUCAACCACAACAAUGGCCUAACACUUGUCAGCAGGGCUCACCAGUUAGUCAUGGAAGGUUACAAUUGGUGUCAUGAUCGGAAUGUUGUCACCAUUUUCUCUGCCCCCAAUUACUGCUAUCGUUGUGGAAAUCAGGCUGCCAUCAUGGAGCUAGACGACGGUCUUAAGUACACAUUCCUCCAGUUUGAUCCGGCUCCAAGGCGUGGUGAACCACUAGUCACUAGGCGUAUACCUGAUUACUUUAUGUAAUUGAGUCUCUCUCCUUGGAAGUCACUUUAAUCCACUCACACUUUAGUGAGUGCAUCUAAUGUGGUGCAAUGCAUGACUUGACUUUCUGUUAUUAUUAAGCCUCUUUCUCUCUCUUCCUCUCUCUCUCACUCAAAGUAUGUGUCUUGCUCUUUUACAUAGUUUUAUGAUAAAUGAACAUUUUAAAAUACAAUAAUAAUUGUUAGGAGUCAUUAUGUUUUAUGUUUCAUGUGUUAAUUAUUUAUCACUGAUUGAUGGUCACUUGGAAUACUCUC